AUGAUGAAGACAAUGUUCAGAUCAAAAGACUUAUGGAAGCUAGUAGAAAAAGGUUUCAGUGAAGAAGGAGAUGCAACCAGAAUUAAUGACAGUCUUAAGAAGGAUGCCAAGGCAAUGUACUUGAUUCAACGGGCUCUUGACUCCAGAAUUCUGGUGAGGAUUUCUGAAGCAAAGACAGCAAAGGAAGCUUGGGACAUUUUAAAAACAGAAUUUCAAGGAGACUCAGACAACUCCAACAUUCAACUUCAUGCACUACAAAGGGAAUUUGAUGCAGUUAAAAUGAAGCAAGGUGAGUGUAUUCAAGACUUUGUAAGCAGAGUUUUGGAUAUUGUGUAUCAAAUUCGUGUGCUGAAGCAAGAUCUCCCUCAAAAGGCAGUGGUUUCUAAAAUACUCAGAAGUUUAACUCCUAGAUUUUCACAAGCAAUUCAUUCAAUCAUUGAAGCUAAGGACCUGAACUCUAUUACAGUCGAACAACUGAGUGGGUCACUGAAGAACCAUGAAGCCAUACUAAAUCUAGAGGGUACACAACUCGAAGGAGAAAAGGCAUUGCAUGUUGGUCGUGGUUAUGCGCAUUUCGAAGGUCCCAACAGAGGUGGAAGAGGACGUGGCGUUCCUUUUCAAGAGGAAGGGACGAGGGCGCGGUAG